AUGGGAGCCGUAGGGCAUUCCCUAGUCCCCCAAGUUGGCAAGCUAGAAGUUGCGUUAAUACUUAGAAGAUCUGCUCCACUUAUUCCUUCGGCAAGGAUGCCCAAGGUUUGGGCUCUAGUCUCUUGCCAAGAAAGCUGGGCCUUUUUGAGUGGGUUUUGGCAAAGAGGUUGGGCUUCAACAGGGCUUGGGAGAUGGAGUGGGGUGAGUUCUCUUCGAGGCUACCUUUCUCUGUGCUCGACCCUUGCCAUUCGGCAAGGGUGGAUUGAGAAAGUUUGUGUGGUUUCGGUCACGACUUCUGUCGCAGCUUCAGCCAGGGCUGUGCAGGCAGAGAACUGUGAGGUCUCACGGGUGGAGUUGGGCGUUGAGACAACUGCGGGGAGGAAGAGUUUUUUGACGGCGGCUGUCGUUCGGCAAGGGCAGCCUAUGCAUUCGCCGACUCAAUCAAGUGUUCUCAAGGGCUUGGUUUUGCCAAGGCUUAGAGCUGAGUCAGCAAGGCUUGGGCGAGGUGAGAAUUUUUGUGGCCCUGUAAUUGCUUCUUCACUGGCCUUGCCAUUCGGCAAGAAAGUGAGAAGGAGAAAAGAGAUUUCCGACGAGAUUUUGGUGGUGGUGCUUGUGGCCAAGGUGAUUUCCAGCGUCAUUCCGUGGUGGUGCAAACAAGAUGAGAGUUCCCAGACAGAGGGUUUGGUAGAAGGUCUUGUAGAAGCUAGGAUGGUAGUUCAUGAGAGUGGAAGGAGUGAGCCACCAGUAAACUCUAGGUCAGAGGCAUAUAACGAGAUGCAGAGGAAUUAUAAAGUGUUAGAGGCCAUAGUUGAUCGGGUUCUAGCUAUGCCUCGUUCACCAGAGGUGGGCUCGAGCAACCAGGCAUCACCAUCAGGGUCUGUGGGUAUAGCCGUGGCUUCAGCUUCAGAGGGGGUGGACAUCCGGGUUGGUGUCCCUUUGGCUAGGAUGAAUAUUCUGACAGAAGUAAAGUUGGCUGAGCUUCAGACAAAUUAUAGUGUUCCACCCUAUGUGGGUUUGAGGUUACCCAUUGCAGCUGAUGUGGUUAGAUACCCUCCAGAAGGUUCAGUGAUGAUUUUUAGGGAUAUGUAUCAGCAUGGCUUCAAACUACCGUUGCAUCCUUGGGUGCAGAUGAUGUUGGCCAAGCUGGGAUAUGCGCCGGGGCAGUAUAAUCCCAACUUUUGGCUUCUUCUUCAUGGGGUGUAUAUAGCUUGGUGGUUGGUUGGGUUGGGGGAGCCGACAUUUGAGCAGUUUAUGUAUCUCUACUCGAUCUCCAAGCAACAAGGAAGUUUUGGCUGGGUACAAGCCAAUUGCCGAAAGGCAAAGGAGAGGGGUUACUUCAUUGGUCACAAGCCUUCUACUUAG